GCAAAUAGAACUUUGAGAUGUAGUUCCGUAGAGGGAAAAUACAACAACAAACGUGAGAAAUCAGCAAAGAAAUUACUACACGGAGAGCAAGGAGAUCGGGCUUUUUAAAAGUCUAUUGGAGUCGCUUCUGCCAUUCUUCAGUGGGAAUAGUUUGAAAAAGAAGAAUGCCUUACUUCAGUUGUACAUUGGAUCAGAACUACAAAAGCAUACAGAAGCUCAUAUUUUUAUUCUGUUCAUUUGAUUUGUCAUGCUCCAACAAAACGGGUUCUCACUCCUUAUGGAUGAUGGGAACAUACAUCAGAGGAAGGACUCCAUUCCCAGAAUUCACGGCGUAUGUGAUGUUGGAUGAUAUUGAGUUUGGGUACUAUGACUCAAAUGAAAAGAAAAUGAUUUACAAGGGCAUUCAUAAGGACUCUGGGAGAGUGAAAGAUUUGGAUAAUCAUACUGGGCUUUUUCAACAAUUAUUCGAACGCAUUCAACUUAGAGCAUUCAAUGUGAAAAGCUACUUCAAUCACACAAAUGAUAUUGAUGUUUUUCAGAGAGUUACUGGAUGUGAACUAGCGGCCAAUGAUAGUUCAGGACUAAUGUUUACUAAGGAUGCUUACAAUGGGGAGAGUAUAGUCAUAGAUCGUUAUGAUGGAGACGAUAAUACUCUUCGCAUUGGAUGGAGGUGGCCAGAUAUAGAGAAUAAAUCAUGGACUCAACAGAUGAACUUCCACUUCCGCUACCAAACCAUGUACCACCCACACUGCAUCCAAUAUCUCGAAAAGCAUCUGCGCAAUGAAAGGAAUCGUGUGCUGAGAAAAGUGAAGCCCAGAGUCAGGCUCCUCCAGAAGACACUCCCAGACUCUGGAGGGGCCAAAGUGACCUGCCUGGCCACUGGUUUCUACCCCCGUCACAUCCGCCUGACCCUGCUCAGAGACGGCCAGCCUGUGUCUGACCACCAGGUCACUGGGGGGGAGCUGCUACCUAAUGGAGAUGAGACGUACCAGAUGAGGAAGAGCCUGGAGGUCAGCGCAGAGGAACUACAGCAUCACCACUACAACUGCACAGCUGAACACCUCAGCCUGGACAACAAACUGGACAUCAGUUUAGAGGCUGAGUGGGAGACAGGAACAACAAUCACACAGUCACCUGUGACUGUUCUGGCAGUGUUUGUGUGUGUGGUGGGAGCCACCUGUGUUAUCAUGAUAUGGUGCUGGAGGAGACGCAAAGAACAAAAACUCGCAGAGAAUCAGAUGUUUGUUUGGAACCGUUUUUCAAAUCCCCAGGGGGGGAUUUAGACUCCUGCAGCCAGUCAGACACAGGAAAACCCGGCUCAGGAUCUGGACGGUCCUGGACGAUUCAUGAGACCUUCAGACUUUGCACUGUAUAAUUUCUGUGUACAGUAGUUCCAUCUGGGAGGGAUCUCCUCAUGCAAAUGUAAGAAGAUAGUCUAGUGAGAACUGUUGCUACAGCAGGGCCUAGAAGUGUGGCCAUUGUCCCAUCUUUUGUUUUUUAUUUGUCCAGUGUUUGUUUGUUCAUUGUUUGUCACGUAAACCUGCCAGUACCAGAAAAUGAGAAAAGCUGCUUUCUUGACGCUUGGAGUCUUCCCUCCAGCCGUUUGGACACACACUCCUUCACAAAGAUGCAUUUAAAAAAUCUGGUGGAGGGAAGUUGUACUUAA